UGGUACGACCCCAAGAGCGCAUGAUGCGACGGUUGCCGCGACCACCAGAUUGGAGCCCUUUCUUUGUCAACAAAUCAGUUGGAGCCCUUUGAAUCAAAGGCCCUCAUAUCCUUCUGGGACAGUCAAGAUCCACCGUUUGUGAUACUUGACAACCCUUUGCGAAAUGGCAAGUGGUAUGCGAUUGCAGCCAAUUCCAAGAUGGAGCCUCCCUUGAAACGGUUGAGGCUCAAUUUGUCCUCGUCCGGCGACGAAGACGAUGAGGACCAGGACGAGUUGUCUAUGACCCCCGCCCAGUUCGAUACCACCCAAGACCCCAUGUACCAGCUUGACAAAGGCCGCGCAAAAGCUGCUACAAGACUCAAAUCCACCUUCGAAGACAUUUUUGAAAAAUAUGGCAAGGACUUUGACGGCGACGACGAUGUCAUCAACUUCUACACAGAUGAGAUCGAGAUCGACAAUGGCCAUCUUAAGUCAUUGGAAAAUCGGAAAGACAACAACGCCGAGCAUUCUCUGUCGGCCGAUGAAGAAGAAAGGAUUCUGAGUGGGAAGUCGGGUGGUCGCCAGAAAAAACCGCCAUCAAAGUCGCUCAUACCCACAAACUACACCGGACACACUCAGAGACUGCAGUUCCAGUCGCCAUGGAAUGAGUCUCCUAGAUUUAACGCGCCUCGAUUAUCCAGUCUUGCGUUCUCUUCCUAUGGCUCUCCUCCUGCUUUUGAUCUCGGGCGUUUCACGUUCAGAAACAGCCACGUUGAUCCAGUUUGGCAAGCCCCGGAUUUACCUUUUCAGCCCCAAUAUCGGCCUCUGAUUGGAAUAGGAGAAAGUCAGACGGGCUCAUUUGGCGGGCAAUCGGGUUACGUUACCAGGAGACUCGUGAGCGCUAAGUCUUUCCUUCGCAGCACCUCUACACCUUCUCAGGCCAGGAACGUGGAUGUAGCCGAUGAAGAAGACAGCGUUAUUCUCGGUAGGAGCAGACAACAAAAGGCACCUUUGGCCAGUUUAGAAGACGGGCAAAAGGUUGGCGUGGCAUCUAACUCCACAACUGGUUUACGUCUGUCUGCUCCAAAUUCUAAUCAGCUACCUCCUUUCUUUGGAAUCGGUCUUGAUGAUGAUGAGCUACGACUUGAACUUGAUGUUACUACAAAGGAGUUGGAGAAAAUAGUGACAAAACCCUCAGCUCUAGAUGCCUCGGUAGCUGAAAAAUCGACCAAUGAAGAUAAGGCUGUCCGGCACGACCAGCGACUAAGCAGUCCGCAUAAUCGCUUGUCCCCUACUCGCUACAAGAGAAGGCCACCAAGAAAUUCAGAUACUCGCGGAUCCCCUCACGCUCCCGAGAAAGUUUCCACCAGCCAAGUUCGCGCUCUUCAACCGAAUGAAAGAAGGAUUGAAAUAGUGAUCCCGAUUAUGAAAGCCCUGCUCCCAUCAGCCACGAGGCAAUCUACCGAGGAUCCGGCCGCCUUACUAGUUGACGAGAGCUUACAACGGCCAGGCCAGGACCAAGAUGUUUCUGACGACCAAAUAAUCGAGAAUACAAAUUCUCAAGACAGCUUCCAUGAUAUACAGUUAACGGGGCACAGUGGAGAUGCAGUGCAUCAGUCAUCCAAGGGUGUCAAUGAAGAGGUACAAGGUGACUACGCAAAGCAUACCACUCACUCUUUGGAAUCUCAACAGGCACUGCAAAAACAUUCAAAGCGUAUACAGGAACGCAUAGAUCCUUCUAAUGUGGAGACCUCACCACAGGGUCGAAAGAGUUCCGAAGAUAUAUGCAUCGAAGCAACACAGGAGUCAAGCUCUUUCCAAACACCCCAGGAUGGCUUUACGGAUAACACUCCUAAAGAGGAUAGUUGCGAAAUUGGACAGAAAUUGGACUGUGAUAGAGAACACGGCAGUAUUACUACUGAACAACAGCUUUCCCAAGAUACAAACAUCGAUAUGGGCGACGAGCCAGUGAUGCUGAAUUUGGAUGUUGAAGAAAGUUUGAAAUCAAUACAUGCUAUUGAGCACAACCCGAAAGGAGUAUUAACACAAUCAGUAUCACCAAAAAAAACCGUGGGAAAUGAUACUCUCGAUGUUACGAUAGAUUUGAUUGAUUCAUCCCCUAUGGGAACGGCCGCUCUCGGAACAACCCAGAAUCAAGACAAACAAAUAGCAAUCCCCAAAAACCAAACUACCGCCGAUGAUGAGCCAGAAUUUUCUAGGAUAGAGGUAAAUGGCGUGCUUGACAUUUCGGAGAUUGCGGAAUCUUGCGAGAGCCGAGACUCCGCGUCCGAACAUAACGUUGGCGAUAUCGGUCCCCAAUACUCCGAACACUCGGUCGUAUCUGAUCGAACGGAGUCCGACGAAUCUCCAGGUCGAGACUCUUUGUCCCCGAAUCUGGAGGCAUAUGAGAUACCCGAUGACGAUGAGCAAAAUGCCUUUGAUGACCCGGUGUGUCCGAGUGACCUUGGUCUUGACGCUGAAAUCAAUGGUUUGCGACUGGGGUCAGACCACUACGAUGAGCACAGGAGUCACACGCCCGGGAUUGUAGAAUUACCGGACCAAGACCUAUCCGUCUUGCCGGAAGCCGAUCGUACGUCAGAGCCGGUGUUGCCAUCGUCAUUGAGCUCAAUAACGAACGAUAACCAAAAUGUUCCUGAGAAAGGCAGAUCUCCUAGCCCCGAGCUAGGAACACCCAUUCGGUCUAGGUUCACUAACAGUGCUGUCUCCCAAACCAACACAUCACCUACCCCUACAACUCCGACAAGAAAUCAAGGACCCAAAAGCGUGCAACGCUCGAACAGCUAUCGCCGCACUCCGUCAAGCAAGCGCUUCCCUCUCACAUCCCUUCUACCUGAGGGCAUUGAUGAUGAAAGCGAUGACGAGCUGAGCAUUGCAGGCUCGGUUUCGACCACGGGCUCGAGAUUGUUCUCUCCAUUCUUUCGGGCCACCCCCGACCAUGACUUACCGCCUCUACUCUUAACCCCCCGUAACAGAAAACGAAAACACAAUCUAGUGACUCGGACCCCCGGCUCAUCCGCGCGAACGCCAAAUCGGAGUCUCGGGCAAGGCAACAUGAUGCCCCCGGCGACAGAUUCGCGCACGGGUCGAAACCAAACUCGGCAGGAACGAAACCCAGCGGUGCACAGCUCGCCUCUAUCCCGCAGAGUCGCCAAACAUCUGCUCAGCAGUCCUACCAAACGACAACAAGUAACUCCAUUAAGAAGACCAAGUGUAGUGCCGUCACCAAAUGGUACCUUGCGACGGUGUGGUGAGGACGGCUUCGAGUGCGGGCGGGAGUUCUGCUUCACUUGCUGCAUAUAGGCCUGGGUCGUAUACAUUCCGAAAUAUGCGAACAGAAACGCGCUCCCCCUGGUCCCUCUCACAAAACCAGUUAUUGCUUAAUACCCGCGGCUCCUACUAUUUACGUGCCCAGCUCAUCAAGGCAAGGUUUUGCUUACUUAGCUCAUAUCAUAUCCGCAUAAGAACCAUUACUAGUUAAGGAUGAAUGAAUGCUAGGCCAGCAAUCAAUGUGAUAGCGAGGACAACAUUGUAAGAUCAUAGUCUUCACAUACUGUAUCGAUCCUAUCGAGACCAACAGAUAGCCAGUGUAGUCAAUCGGUCGUAUCGGGAUGAACGUCGGGAUGCGACGAGUAUACAAAUUCUAUCCAUAGUUAGCCUGUCUAAGGUGUAAUCAACAUCAAUCCACAAAGUAUCGUAAUAAAGCAUGAAAUAGCAAGUA